AUGAUAUAAAAGUGUAAGGAGGGUCUUAGAUAAAUUGAUAUAUUUGGAUAAACUAUUAAUCUGAGUUUUAGAUAGGAAGAGCAAUACAAAACAAGUAUCGGAGGAUUUCUAUCAAUUUGUAUGAUAGCUACAAUCAUAAGUUUCUUUUAUUCCAACAUCAUAAACUUUUUUGCAAAAUUAAACAAAUUCACAUUUGCCAAUGAUCCAGACAAUUUGAAAUUGGAUAAAGAUCAUUUUAUGUUUGCUGUUUAGAUUGAAUAAGAUAAUUUCACUACUAAUCCUUUUUUCAAUAUCACAGUUGAGCAGCGUCAUUAUCAUCGAUAUCCCAAUGGCACUCAAUAUCGAUAUCCAAAUAUAUAUAUUGACUUGGUACCCUGUACGAUCGACCAUUUUUCAUACCUCUUCGAAUUGUACAGUGUCAAUUUUACAGAUUAGUUUGAGUAGUAAAAUCUAAAAAAUUUCCUUUGUCCAAAUUUAAACUUUAUUCAUAGUUAGAAUCUGACUGUGGGAGGAGUUUGGGCAAGCACUGAUUAUUACUUCUUAAAAUUCUCUGUUACUAAUUGCAUAAAUUCAUCAAACAAUAAUUUCACUUGGAAACCAACAUGCAAAACUUCAGAUGAAAUAGCAAGUACCUUAAAUUAUCAAGGGAGUUUUCGAUUUCAGGUUUUUACAACCAACUUUUUAAUCAAUCCAAAUAGACCAAAAGAUUUUGUUUAACCCUUUUUAGCGACUGAUUAAUUCUACACAUUCGUACCAGAUAAAAUGUUUGUUUAAUCUGACAUAUUUUUUCGGACAAAGAAAGUGACAACCGAUUAAGGAAUUCUCAUGUAUCCAGAUAAAUUAUAUGAUGCCUUUGCUUUUAGGGAUUACGGGGAUUAAAGAGAACAAUUUGAAAUAUCCAGGAUAACUCCAAAUUAUUAUGGAGCCUUCUACUUUUAGAGAAGUCCCUAUUCAUAUCAGAUCAAUAGGAAGUUCUUGCGUUUGGACGAAUUGUUGAGUUAUCUAGGAGGAUUCACUUAGUUUAUGAUGGUUGUAGUUGGAAUUCUAGUUAGAUUUUAUAACAGACAACACCUAAUAGUUUCCAUAGCCAAUGAUCUUUACGAAUAUGACAUGAGUUUGAACAGAACUACUACUUAAAUGAAUUUUAAUACCCUUCUAGAGAAGAAGGAGAGAAGGGAGACACAAAAACAAAAGACAAAGAGCAAUCAUUAGGCCUUGCCAAAGAUUGAAGUGAUGACUACUUUCUAAAACAAACCUGAUAUGUUACAAAAUACUACUCCAGCGAAAGAUGAUUCAGAGAGAUUUGAAUAAAAACAUUCAUUGGGAUAUAAUCAGCCAGCAUAAACUAGAUUGAGUAUUCUCAAAGUAAAGGCUUUUGAGUAUUUUGAUGACUUUAGGGAAUUUAUAAAAAAAAAGUAUGUAAUCGGUCUAGGAUUUCGAGUUAUUCUGAGUUCGAUUAUUCCUCUAGAAUCCAUAAAAAAUAAUGAUUGCGUGGUACUUCAAAGCGCCAUUGAUUAAGUGAAUAAGGAAUUAGAUAUAGAAUAUAUCAUAAAAUAACUUCAUGAGCUUGCAAAACUAAAGAAGGUUUUGUUCACUGAAGAAUAGAUCACAUUAUUUAAUUUCAGUAGAAAACCUAAAAUUGCCUUAAUACAAGAAGGGAAGAAACGAAGAUCUACAAAAUAUAUAGCUAAUGAGUCUGUUUCAGCAGAAGAAUAGGGAUUGCUUCGGUAGUUUAAUAAUUUAGUGACUUCGUAUUAUAAGAUUAUGGGUGAGGAUUACGAGAAUUAAACUCAAGAAUAAGUCCGAUUUAAUUAGAGACUCAUAAUACUGUUGGGUAGUGAAUUGAUGAAUGUUUUGGAGAAGGAGAUUUCUCAGCAACAGCAUUUGGAUUCAGAAAACAAUGAAGUGAAAGAAGAUGAAAACCUGAUUAGUGAUAAGGAGGUACAAAAUGAGAAGAAAGAUUGA